CCAUUAUGAUGGACAAAUGGACGGCACGAAAUGGCAAAAUGAUCAUCAAUAUUUUGGUGAAUUCUCCAAUCGGUAGUGUAUUUCUUGGUUCGGUUGAUGCUAGCAAUGAAUCUACCGAUUCCACCAAAAUGUACAAGUUAUUUGAAAGCACUAUCGAAAGAAUUGGACCGGAAAAUGUGGUACAAAUUGUCACCGAUAAUGCUAGUGAGAAUGUCAAAGCGGGAAGUAUGAUGAUGGGUGCGUAUCCACACAUUUAUUGGACUCCAUGUGCCGCUCAUUGCAUCAACUUGAUAUUUGGUGACAUAUUCAAGGUUAAGCCAUAUGCUUCCGUUUUUAAGAAGGCCAUCAGAAUCCAUUCUUACAUUAGUCAAAGGCCAUUGUUGUUAAACUUGAUGAGAAAAUUCACCAAAGAAAGAAAUUUGGUGAAACCGGCCAAGACAAGAUUUGCAACGGCAUUCUUAACUUUGAGAGCUAUGUACAUUCAAAGAAAAAACUUGAAAACUUUAGUCCUCUCAACCGAAUGGAAUUCAAGCAAAUUUGCAAAGGAAACUUCGGGGAAAGAAGUUGCCAAUCUUCUUAUUUCUAUCCACUUUUGGAAUGAUGUUGUUCGGGCACUUACAGUUUGUAGCCCUUUGACAAAAGUGCUUCGUUUGGUGGAUGGGGAGAAAAAACCACCAAUGGGUUAUAUUUAUGAGGCAAUGGAUAGAGCCAAAGAAGCUAUUGCACAUGGUUUUCGUGGAGUUCAGAAGCAUUAUGAGAAAGUGUUUCAAAUUAUUGAUGCAAGGUGGUCAGAACAACUCCAUCGGCCUUUGCAUGCUGCAGGCCAUGUUUUGAACCCAGGAUUAUAUUAUAAAGCUGAAGAAGAGGGAACUUUAUUACAGAGUUUGUGGACCGAGUAUUAUGCAUGUGUUGAGAAGUUGGUCCGUGAUACAACAAUACAAGAUGCACUAAUCGCUGAGCUUCCUAAGUACAAAAUGGCGGAUGGACUAUUUGGUUGUGGUCCGGCUAAAAGAGCUAGAGAAACAAGGUCACCGGUUGAAUGGUGGUCACUAUUUGGUAGUGAAACACCAAACUUGCAAAAGUUUGCCAUGAAAGUAUUAAGCCUAACUUGUAGCUCAUCUGGAUGUGAGCGAAAUUGGAGUGUGUUUGAACACAUUCAUUCCAAAAAGAGGAAUAGGCUUACACUAUCGCGUCUCAAUGAUCUAGUGUACAUUAAGUACAAUAGAACAUUGAAUCGUCGUUAUGAUGCUCGUGAUCUUAUUGAUCCAAUUCGCUUGGAUAACAUAGAUGAUUCAAAUGAAUGGUUAGUUGGAUGCCCCGAAGAUCAAGAUGAUGAACUAGUAUAUGAGGAUGAUGAUCUUACUUGGGGUAGUGUUGCUACGGCAAUUGGAGCGGACGAGAGUAUCUAUCAUCUUAGGGGACUUUCUUCAAGAUCAAUAGUAUUUGACAAGGGCAAAGGAGUAGAAAGUGCAUCUACAAGUUCAUCUUCAAGUAGGACUCGGACACUAAUUGAUGAAGAAUACGAGGAGGAAGAAGAUGAAGAGCAAUAUAAUGAUGUAGAGGAUUAUGAUCUUCAAGAGUUGGAUAAUUUUGAAGAAGAAUAGACUUUUAAAGUUUUGGUUUAUUGUAUUUUGAAUUGUUUGGUCUUUAAAGUUUUAGACAUUCUAUUGGUUUUUGAAUUGAAUAUUUGCUAAUAUGUGUUAUUGCUAUUAAGACUUUGGAUAAAAUAUGCAAUUAAAUAUUUUUAAUUUUUGGUAUUAA